AUGCCCGCUCAGCAGACUACCAUCGAUGCCUCCAGGGCUAGUUUCUUCCAGGGAUUAAAGGGAGCUGUCGGUGCAGAAGUACUCAAGACCCUUGACCCAAAUAUCGUCGACGCUUUCAAACCAGCAAACAUGCAACCCACGCCGAGCUCACCAACCACACCCACGAAAUACACAUGCUCCACGCAGAAACCCCUGCCAGCAGCUUUCAAAUCCAGUGCUCACAAAGCAGCACUCCAAGUCGGGCUUGGAAAGGUUAUACCCCGCUGGAAGACCGGCCCUUCCAAAACCGUCAACUUCGCAGUCUUCCAGAACGGCUACCCAAAGCCCGAAUGGGCAUUCCUCGCAGCCGCCGCCUUAAACGAAGCAGCCGAAGACUGGAACGCGCUUGACCUCGGCGUGCAGCUCAAAUGGGUAUCUAAUCUCGAAGACGCCGUAUUCGUCCUUUCCUUCGCAGGCGACCAGGGCGGAGUCCUCGCCGACGCAUUCUUCCCCAACGAGGUUGAUCUGAAUGUGCUCAACGUUUACAACGGCGCAUUCCGGCCUGGGACCCUGCCGUUCCUGAAGAAUAUCUUUUUGCAUGAGUUGGGCCACGUCCUUGGUCUCCGGCAUGAGUUUGCACCGGAGACAGAGGACGAAGGAGACGAGUACACGGUGCAGAUUGGUCCUCGGAAUCCGCUCUCGGUGAUGGGGUAUGAAUUUCCUCCCCAGAUGCAGCCUUCUGAUGUUGAGAAUGCGAAGGCUUUUUAUAAGUUUCCCGGGACAUCUCUGGGAUGGAAAGAAGCGCAUACUGGAAGUUCGCGAAAGGCUAUGUUGCAUAUUAAGGAUUAUGAUGCGAAUAACUAG